AUGGAAUACAAGCUACAAAGACUUUAUUUUAUCUGGAUAUGCAGAGACGUCCAGGCUUUCCUCUGGUUUGCCGAUUUACUGUGUGUGCUGCACAAAAAGCUUUGGCAAGAAAACCGUCCAGACUACAUGAAUAUCCGGCUGUACCUCAGUGAGGUGGAAGGGAUGCAGAAAAUAAUUGGUGAAAAAUACCAGGCUUUGAACUCCCGUCUUAUUACUGGACGCCCGCGCUGGAAACUUUUGUUUGAUGAGAUAGCCAAAUCUAACAGACAGAAGUCGGUGGGAGUGUUUUGCUGUGGCCCAAAG